AUGGCCUGCAGCUGCAGCGCCUUUCCUUUGCUCACCGCAGACGAAUUCGAGCGCGCAUGUCGAGUGCUGGUCGAUCGAGCCUGCACCUGCACGACCGCUCAAGGUGAAGGAGGCUGGUCAUCGACACGACUUGUCACACAGGACGUAACCAGCAUCAAAAUAGCGCGACAAAUCGAGAUCCAGAGCAACACAACCGCGAAGAAUAUGAAUCUACAGGAAGCAGAAACAUCGGAGGCAUCAGAAGCAUUGACAUUGGAAGAUGAAGAUCCGCAUACAAAGGGAUAUCGAUCUGCUAAUACCUCCCCGCAGGAAGCCGUCAUCCGCACUAGCGGCAAGCCCAGCCUACAUAUAGACUAUGACAUCGUGCUCUCCCCAACAUACCAAGUCCCUGUUCUAUAUUUCACAAUUCGCGAGGCCAACCAAGGACCUGUCGGACUGGAUACGGUCUACCAGUAUGUGGUUCCGGAGCUGUAUAGAAAGGAAGUGAAGAGUGUCGGGGUAAUGGGCGGUAUUAGCUUUGGCUAUCAUCCAGUUUCUGGCGCUCCAGCCUUCUUUGUUCACCCAUGCAACACGGCAGAUGCCAUGGGACAUAUUGCAGAUGCACAGAGCGUCACUCCCGUCACAUAUCUUCUGAUCUGGCUCGGGCUUGUUGGUCCGUGUGUGAGCCUGCACAUUCCACGCGAACUCGUUUUACCCCAGGACGGUACCAGACCAUCGUGA